AAAGUUUGACUAAAUACGUGGUUGUUUAGUACAUAUGCGACAAAUGCGUUUUUUAAUGCCACAAGAUGUGUAUUUUUAAUUGUUUCUUUUUGCACGUGCGCUUUUGAAUGGACCUGUUACUAGGUUGGGACGCAUGGUAUUGUUAGCGUCUUCAAACAACUGUAUGUCGAGUUAAGACUUUUUGUCUUGGGGGCACUCCCAAAACUCUUUACCUGAUGUAUGUCAGUUGCGUUGUCAAUUCUUUUGCAUUAUUUAAAUUCAUUUAUUAGUAAAACGAAAAAAACAAAUUUAUCAUCUUUAAAUUAAAUUACAAUGACUGUUUUAAGAUUAGGAAUUAAUGGAUUCGGACGUAUUGGACGUCUUGUAUUCCGUGCAGCUGUAUCUCGUAAAGAUGCGUUAGUUGUGGCUGUAAACGAUCCAUUUAUGGAUAUUGAGUAUAUGGUGUAUUUACUUACGCAUGAUUCUGUUCAUGGUCGUUUCGAGGGAUCCGUUGAAAUUAAAGGAGACUCUUUAAUUGUGAAUGGAAAUGUUGUUAAAGUUUUCCAUGAGAAAAACCCAGCACAAAUUCCAUGGGGUUCUGUUAAUACUUUUGUUGUAUGCGAGUCAACAGGAGUUUUCACAAGCAAAGAAGGUGCUGAAGGUCAUAUUAAAGGUGGAGCAAAAAAAGUUAUCAUUUCUGCUCCACCAAAAGAUGAUACUCCAAUGUUUGUUAUGGGUGUUAAUCAUGAAAAAUACAACAAAUCCAUAAACGUUCUAUCCAAUGCUUCUUGUACUACUAAUUGCUUGGCUCCCUUGGCUAAAGUUGUUCAUGAAAAAUUCGGCAUAGUUGAAGGUUUAAUGACCACAAUUCACGCUAUGACAGCAAAUCAACUUUCAGUUGAUGGACCUUGCCGCUCAGGAAAAGCCUGGAGAGAUGGUCGUUGUGCAAGCAACAAUAUCAUUCCUGCCUCUACUGGUGCAGCGAAAGCUGUUGGAAAAGUUAUUCCAGAAUUAAAUGGAAAACUUACUGGAAUGGCUUUCAGGGUUCCUGUUCCAGAUGUGUCUGUUGUUGAUUUAACAUGCAAGCUUGCAAAACCAGCGACGUACGAGGAAAUUGUUGCAGCUGUAACAGAAGCGUCGAAGACAUCGUUAAAAGGAAUUCUUGGUGUUACUGAUGAACAAGUUGUAUCUCAAGAUUUUGUACAUGACAGUCGUUCAUCAAUUUUUGAUGUUAAAGCUGGAAUUCGUCUUAACGAAUCAUUCGUAAAGCUUGUUUCCUGGUAUGAUAAUGAGUGGGGAUACUCUAAUCGUCUUGUAGAUUUGGCGACGCAUGUUGCAUCAAAAGAGUAAACUUUUCAGACAACAACAAAAUCUGUUAGCACGUUUAAAUGUGUCUUUAAUUUUGUUAUAGACGUAAAUAAACUUUUUUUUUUAAAACGUGAAAACUUUUUCACUGAACAUUAAUAUAAUAAAGAGAAUUGUAAAAAAUA